AUGACUGUUAAAAUUAAUUUCAGAGCUAUUGUUAAGACUUGCAGAGUUGCUGUAAAUAUGGACAGUUAUCAACAGAGUUUACGUAAAAGUAACUGUAUAAAUAAAUUGCCAGAAUUUAAUGGUAACACAAAUUUGUUAAUUGAUUUUUUGGACAGAGUAGAUUCCUUGUCAGUUGUUGUAGCUACAUUUGAUGUAAACACUCAAACACUCCUUCUAGGUUACAUUAAAGAUAAAAUUGUUGGAAAAGCAAAACUAGAACUUCAAAAGCAUGAGAAAUGUUCGUCGGCAAAAUUAAUAGAUCAAUUAAGAACAGCCAGAGUACAGUCAAGUAUUGAAGAUUUUUAUCAAAAAAUAAAUCAUUUGUUAAGUAGGCUUAAUAACUCAUAUUUGUUAGACGGCAAUCAAAGUGAUGAAGGGAUUAUAACUUCUAAUAAAAGAAUAGCUCUUGAAGCUUUUAAAAAUAACCUACCUGAGCCUACAAAAUCAAUAGUACUCAGUCGAAAUCCUAAAACCCUUUACGAAGCCUACAAAGUCAUAACUGAAAUCAACCAUCAAAGUUUCGGUCCCAAUUCAACAGGCUCAAAUCAAUUUUCUAGACAAAUGAAUAGAAAUUCAAGUUUUAAUUCGAACCGAGUUAACAAUAAUUCAUCUUUCAAUUCGAGCCGAGUAAAUAAUACUUCAUCUUUUAGUACCAAUAGGAACAAUUCUAACUCUAGAUACAAUAAUAAUUCUGACAAUACAUACUUAAGAAAUAAUGGAUACAGUAGAAAUAGACAACAAAAUAACAAUAGCUCAUUAAAUUUUAACCCUCGAAGUGAAAAUAGACAACAAACCAACAAUAACACAUUAAAUUUUAACAAUCGUAGUGAAAAUAGACAAAAUAAUAACUUUGGAACUAAUCAAUCCUCACAAAGAUUAAAUGAUUCUAGCAAUCAAACACGUAGGUCAAAUAGGUCCAACAACAAUAAUAAUGGUUAUGAACAAAUGGAUGUUUCCUUCAACGAGGCUAACACAGAACCAAUUAACUACCCAAACAUUAACCAAAACCAAAAUUUUUCACCCAGUCGCCCAGACGACUACCUUAUAUAG